GUGGACUCAUUCAUUCUUCAAAGCAGUCAUGUUGUUGGGAGGCAAGUCUGCAUUUCAAGGUGUUGUUGUUUGGGCUGGCAAACGAUACUUUACUACCAAUCGUUCUACUUGUAAAACAGUAUUUUCACCUUGUAAACACUUCUCAUAUAGUGUUGUUUUCAGAGCAAAUAGACUGAGGGAGCUUGACAACCGCGAAUUGUCUGUUUCUCGUUCACUUCAUAGGUGUUCUUUCUCAAGUACUUGUUCCAUUUCCGAGAACUUACAAGUGCGAACGAUCCCAGUAUUAAGAGAUAAUUAUGCCUAUUUGUUGAUAGACAAGCGUCAUAAAGUUGCUGCAGCUGUUGAUCCAGUUGAACCCACAAAAGUUACUCGUGCAGCUGAAGAAGAAGGAGUAAGUCUUGUUGCUGUCUUAACAACACACAAACACUGGGAUCAUUCUGGUGGCAAUGAAGAGUUAUUGGAAAAGUAUUCUUCUUUGAAGAUAUUUGGAAGUAAAUAUGAAAUUGUUCCUGGUACAACUCAUAGGGUAGGACAAGGUGAUAUCUUUCAGUUUUAUUCUCCGAGUUGUCUCGAAGUUUAUGUAUAUUGUACACCUUGUCAUACUCGUGGUCAUUUGUUGUACUUUGUGAAGGAACGCGAUGCUAUUGGUUCCUCUGCAGUUCUCUUCUCUGGAGACACUUUAUUUAUUGGAGGUUGUGGCAGGUUCUUUGAAGGAGAUAGUAAUGAUAUGCUCCAGAAUAUCGAACAGGUUAUUCACAGGUUUCCUAGAAAUACAUUUAUGUUUUGUGGUCAUGAGUACACUCUUAAGAAUUUGGAGUUUGCUCUUCAAAUGGAGCCUCAUAAUCAGAUAUUGAAAGAGAAGUACGAUUGGGCCAAGAAGCAGCUUGAAUUAGGAAAGUGUACCGUUCCUAGUACUUUAGAGGAGGAAUUUUUAUAUAAUCCUUUUUUAAGAUAUGGUGAGGCUUCCAUUCAACAAGCAGUUCAACAAUCGGAACCUGCAAAAGUAUUGGCAGAGUUGAGAAAACGAAAAGAUGUUUUCUAAUAUAAUUGGAAUUCUUUUAUUAU